AUGUCGUUAGGCCACCGGCUAGGCUCAGAGACUCCCACAUCGUCAUCAGGGAAUGAGUCUGAGAGCUCGUCCAGCGGUGCUUCGUCCUCCAGGGGCCACCUCCCAGCCUUACCCCCGCCUGGCGAAACCGGUGGAACUCGAGGUCAACUCGCAGCGGACUCCAGCUCAGAAUCGGAGUCAGAGUCUGACGGAUCGGAUGCGCCAAAAUCAAAAUGGGAAGAGUAUCAGGCACCGAUACUUCCCCAUCGCGUCCUCAAGCUUCGUCGGCUGCUGUUCGAGGCAUUCCACGCGGCUCUUACUAUCGUGUAUGAGACCCAGGCGCAUGCUAUCUCGUCAGCCGGGACUGGAGUAGGUGGGAGACCGAAAGGAAAGGGCAAGGCAGAGACUGUCAAGCUGGACGUCAAGGAGCCGUGGAUGCGCUUGAGCAGGGGGAUGCGGGCGUUACAGACUGCUGUGGGCAACACGAAGGAAUCGGACGAGGUGUGCGCGAGGUGUACAAAUACACUCCGUGUUGUGAUCUCCCGGUCCAUACUCCCUUUGACGGAAGAUAAGCCACACGUCCGCAAAUUAGCUCGGAACGAGGCGAAAGCAAUCCCAUCGUUCCUCAAAAGCUGGACAAAGCUCUCGGUACCCAUCGCGAGCUCGGCGGAGACGGAGCCGGUCCCUCCCGAUCGCCUUGCGGAAGCCAAAGAAGACGGACUGGUCUCGGCGAUGGAGAACGCUCUCAUCGUCAUCCUCCGCUUGGCGCACCACUCGCUCCUGGGCUCGCCGAGGGACGGGCUCGAUCUGUCGUCACUCGCGCUUCGUCCGGCGGACCUGGAUGCCGUGGAUAUAUCUACACUAGGAGGCUGCCUGGGAAUCCCCGCGAUCGGUAUCGUGCGGCUAGAUCUGUCCAUGAACGGCUGGAAACGCCUUCCAUCCUGGGUACCAUUUCCCUACCCCAAAUUACGCUCUCUUGACCUCACCAACAACACGCAUCUAGAUCACCUUCCACUCUCGCUACUCCAUCUUCCCCUGCGCCAAAUCCACAUCCGCGGCACCCAGCUCGAACACCCCUCCUCCCCGCUCAUCCGCUCCAUACCCCUCUCAUCACCCGUCCGUAUACUCGGCUUGCCACCCACCGCUGGUCCGCCAACACUCCUACAUAUCGUCCUCCGCCUCUUCGCCACCCAGAUUCGCCCACACUACCCCACAGCACAUACCUCACUGAAUCCCCGCCUCGCAGAGCUUGUCGGCGGGAUGCACACCUGCGAAUUAUGCGCGGAGCUGCAGUUUCCUAAUACCCAGAUCUGGCGGGCUGAGGGGUCGGAGAGGAGCUGGGCGGUAAAAGGAGGGCGUGUGGGCUUUGUGAGGCGCGGUAUUUGCGCUCGACGGCGGAGGGGUGGGGCUGGAAGGAUCUGA